UGCAGAACUCAGGAAAGGUUUUUUUAAAGUACCAAAAUGAUUGUGUGUGCCUUUAAGAGAAUUGUGCCACUGAGCCUCAUAUGAGUCUGUUGGCAUCAGCUGUCCUCAGUCCCGACUACUGGAACAAGGACAUUGUUUUGUUUUGUUUUCCACCAGUGGAGAAAUACAUUUCUUUCUCAUUAUAUUGACCAUCAUCUCAGAGCACAGAAAAGAAAAUGGAAAUACAGCCUGGACAAAAACUGAAAGGCAAUCAGGAUAAGUGGCAAGUUUUUAUUUUAAAAUGAGUUUUCCCUUUUUUUGGUAAAAAAUUAAUAUUCUUAUGUUGUAGAGACUUUACAAAGAAUUGCAUGAAGUGCAGAGCAUAAUGGAAGAUCUGUUCGUUUCUUUUCCGAUAACAUCUCUCCAACCAAGCAGUAGCAACCUCAGGAAAGUCCUCCUCACAGAGAGCAACAAUUCCCAUCCCAUUCCGGGCCUUGCACCCAACACGCUACAUAUGCGUGUCAAAGAGGGGAGCAAGAUCCACAGUAUAGUGCGUAUUGCAACAGCUCGCAUCAACGACGGGAUAAGACAGGUGGUGUUCACUGGCUCAGGCAGAGGAAUCACAAAAACAAUCACCUGCGUGGAAAUCCUGAAACGCAACAUGGUGGGGCUGCAUCAGCUGUGCAAAGUUUACUACAAGCGAACGAACCAAAACUGGGAGAAUCCACAAUGGGAAGCGUCAGCUCCAGUGGUGGAGAAAAGUGUUCCUGCUAUCUGCAUCCUGCUCUCUAUAGAUCCUUUGGAUCCACAGGAGCCCGGCUAUCAACCCCCACAAGCCCCGGGUGUUCCCCCUCAAAGUCCCGGUGGUCUGCUCAGCGUGCCUGCCAGUCCUUCUCCAAAGCACACAGCCAAGAGACUCUGUUUGGAUGGCCAGAUUGAAAGUCAUCUCUAAGCUUCCAAAUAAAAAUCUAACUUUCAACAUAUUAGGAACUAUUUUUGUAUUUUUUCACUGGCAGGCAUUUUUUCUUCCUGUUUUAAAUAAAUGUAAGUGCCUUGCUUUGUUCAAAGA